GUGCACCAGCGGCUGUCUCCUUGGCACAGCGUGCGAGUGGCCUAUUGCAGUACCGUGGUGCCCUCUGAUGAAGUGACAGUGGUUUACCAGAACGGCUUACCUGUGAUUUCCGUGAGCCUCCCGUCCCGGCGCGAGCGCUGCCAGUUCACCCUGAAACCCAUCUCAGACUCGGUUGGGGUGUUCCUACAACAGCUGCAAGCAGAGGACCGAGGCAUUGAUCGGGUUGCAAUCUACUCAGCAGAUGGCACCCGUGUGGCCUCCUCCACAGGCAUAGAUCUGCUGCUGCUGGAUGACUUCAAACUGAUCAUUAACGAUGUCACGUACCACGUCAGACCACCAAAGAGAGAGCUCUUAAGCCAUGAAAACGCAACGACGCUGAACGAUGUGAAGACAUUGGUUCAUCAGUUGUACACUGCCCUGAGCAUCGAGGAGCACCAGCUGAACAAGGAGAAGGAGCUCAUAGGGAGACUAGAGCAAUUGAAGGAGCAACUAGCACCACUAGAAAAAGUGAGGAGUUCUUCAGGCAGGAAAGCAGAGAAGAGGACAACCUUGGUGUUGUGGGGAGGUCUGGCCUAUAUGGCCACCCAGUUUGGAAUUCUGGCCCGCCUCACCUGGUGGGAAUACUCUUGGGACAUUAUGGAACCAGUCACCUACUUCAUCACCUAUGGUAGUGCCAUGGCAAUGUAUGCUUAUUUCGUAAUGACCCGCCAGGAAUAUGUUUAUCCAGAUGCCAGAGACAGACAGUACUUACUAUUUUUCCAUAAAGGAGCCAAAAAGACACGAUUUGAUCUAGAGAAAUACAAUCAACUCAAGGAUGCAAUUGCUCAGGCAGAAUUGGACCUUAAGAGGCUUCGAGAUCCACUGCAGGUUCAUCUGCCCAUCCAGCAGAUUUCUGAAAAGGACUGAUCAGCAGAGAAGCUCUGAACCCCAGCAAAAACCUGUUCAUAGCUCUGGCCUUUUGUAAUUACAGCAUUGCAGGUGGAAGCUGGAGGUGGUGUGGGGGGUGGAGGGUUUUUACCUUGGAUCAAGACAAAGGACUGUAAGGGGGGGAAAUCUCUUAGAUCUGAAGAUGGGACAUUGUGGAAUGUUAGUUCUGAAAAGGGCUUGGCAAAUAGUCACAUUUGAACUGUCUGAAUGGCAAUUGUGUACAAAUACAGGAUUGGGGGGUUCAUGCCAAGAAUGUAAUGCUGGGGUGUAAGGGUGUCUUCUUCCAGCUUUGCAGGCUCUGCCUCUUGGUAGGACACCAGCAGCCUGCUUAGCUUUUUUAAUUUCCUUUACCUGAUUCCAAUCUCUCUUUCUCUCUCAAAAAUAAACUCAAAAGGAGAAAAACCCCAAAAGAACAAAGACCCCAAGCCACCUGGAGCUCUGGCUGGUGAUCAGAACUCGCUCUCCACC